UCUCCUCCCCGCUUCCUCCGAGAAGAACACACCCAAGGCGACGAGCGAGAAAACACAGAAAAAUAAAAUAAAGAUCUAAAUAAAAAACGACGCAGGAUACCCUAGGCGGCGGCGGCGGCGGCGGCGGUGAUCUCGGCGGCGCGGCGCGUCCGCGGUUGCCGGAGAAGCUGUUGGGGCGAUCGCCGGGGAUCGCGCCGCGCCGAUGUGAGAUGCUGGGCGGCGGGGCGCGGAGGGAGGCGGGCCACGAGGAGGGGGAGCUCGAGCUCGAGGACGGCCAGGCGUUGGGCGGCGGCCCGGACGCGGGCGGCCACGAGCUCCUUGAUCCCGACUCGCUCACAUACAUCGAUGAAAGACUUCAAAAUGUGUUGGGUCAUUUCCAGAAGGACUUUGAAGGUGGGGUACUUGCUGAGAACUUGGGGUCACGAUAUGGGGGUUAUGGUUCAUUCUUGCCUCCGAACCAGCAUUCCCCUUCUGUCGCAACUCAAUCUAGAAGCCCUGCAGUUCCACCAAACCGUGGCAGUGCCUCUAGAUCACCUUAUGUUCCAGUGGAGAGUGCACAGAAGAGUCAUUUUGUUAAGAAUGGAUUAGAUAGCAGGGGAAAGGAUGAUUAUUGUCAAAGAACAUCCAAUGGGACCAAUGGUAAUCCUCAGCAACGGAUGUUGAACAGAGUAGUCAAUGGUCCUGAACAAAAGGCGCCGAAAAUACGUAUCAAGGUGAACAACAAUAGACACUUGGCAAGAAAUACUGCUGCUAUCUACAGUGGUCUGGGCCUCGACAUUUCCCCUUCCUCUUCUAUGGAUGACAGCCUUGAUGGGUGCGCCGGGGCUCCUGAGCCAAAAAAUCUGCCCGACGAAUCUCCGCAUACCAUUUUGCAGAUAAUGACCUGCCAUCCUAUUCCUGGAGGACUCUUGCUUUCACCCCUUGCAGAAAAUAUUCUGGCACUGAGAAAGAAGUCAGCAUCUGCAAGAAAGAAACAUGAAGCACCUGCAGUUGAUGAUGACAAAACAGAAUUAAACAGAGACUGGUGUCAUACGACCUCUGCUGCACAAGGUGACAAAGAUCAGAUGGUGCAUAAAUAUAAUUAUGAUGAAAAGAAGGAUCACCUUCUGAAUAUUAAGAGUUCAAAAAGCAAGCAUGACAAUUCAACGAUUAUGAAUAAUGGGACUAUGCCUGAUUUAUUGGAUAUCUCAGAUGAUAAAGAUUCAAUUGUACCUGGAAGUAUGCAGACAGAACAACAUUCACUUGAGGCAUCAGCAAAAUUGGUGACUGAUGUUUCAAAUCAUCUGAAGGAAACAAAGAAUGUUCCACUGAAAGGACGAAUUAGGGACAAGAUCCCUUUGAAAGAUAUUCAGUCAGUACAUGUAAAAGCUGUUAAUUUAGCAAAUGAUGAUAAUUAUCCAAAGGGUAAAGCAAAUUCAGAAGCAUGUACAGCGAGAAAUAGCUUUGACAACUUGAGCAAGGACAGUAAGACAGAACCUACACUUGGUCAAGGACUUGUUGAUAAAAUCAAAUAUGAUUCUGAUGGAUAUGAUCAUCGACUUUCUACAACUUCAAGUCAACCAAACAAUCUUCCUCCUAGUGAUACUGCUACAUCAGUUGACAGAGACAAAAGAAAAGUGGUGCAUGUAAAAGAUGAACCAUCACAGUGCAAAAGGGAGGAAUCGGGGGGUCUAGUUAAUGCAGAUUCCAUGGAUAUUAUCACCGAAAAUGUAGGUGGAAAUCCUUCUGGAAUGCCGAAACGAAAAAUGAAAAUUUCCUCAUUGCAAACUGUUCCAUCCGGGAAGAAGCUCAAGGUUAAAGCACACAAGCAAUUGAGCAAUGGCAUCACUCGAAAAUCUCAUGGUGAAGAUAAGAGUGUGAAGCCUGAGAAGGAGACUGUUUCAUCCGGAGAAACUGAUAAUGGCAGGUCAGAUGGUGUAAAUGAUGGUGACCACAAGAUAUCUCCCUUGAAUUUUGACAGAUCAGCUCCUGUGCCAUCAGCAUGCAUGACUGGAGCUAUGGAAUCAUCUGUGGCAGUGCCUGUGGAACCUAUUUUAAUAAACGAACAGUGGGUAUGUUGUGAUAAGUGUGAGAAAUGGCGCCUUUUACCCUAUUGGAUGAAUCCAGAUGUACUUCCCAAAAAAUGGCGGUGUAGCAUGCAGAGUUGGUUGCAUGGAAUGAAUAACUGCAAAGUAAGCGAGGAUGAGACCACAAAAGCCCUUCGUGCAAUGCCCCCUGCACCUGAAAAUAAUAUUAGUGUGGAUGUUCGCCAUGAUAUUGCUACCUCAGGCAUAUGCGCAGCUACGAUUCCACCAACUAUUCAGGGCGAUAUAAAAUCCAUCGCUACAUCAGGGACACUGAAAGUUGAUUCCAGUGCAAAUACAUCAAAUAAUUUAAAGAUGGGUGAGAUGUCAAAAUCUUCGAAGAAGCUAGAGGCUCCUACAAGUAGAAAUCCUGAUGAUGUUGACUGCUUCCCUAAACAGAAGGGAAAACGGAAGCACAUAGGAUCGUCAGAUGAUGGUGAAACUGUUGCAGUAGACCGGCUGCAUCCAGAAUCGAAGAGCAGCAGUGUAGGAUUUGAUCAUGAUAGUCUUAGGACAUCAAAGAAAAUGAAGAAAGAACCUAAUGAGCCAGCCAAGCAUCAUCCCUCUGAGUUUGAGAUUAGCAAAAGCAGUCCUUCAAUCAAGGGAACUCCAAAAAGCUUACAUCGGUAUAGUGGUGUUUCACCUAGCAUGGGAAAGUAUGGUUCAUCUUCAUUAGUUAAGUGCAAUGAUGAUAAAAUUAUCUCAAAUGGGGGCAUCAGGACUUCAGAUGUAGGACGAUCCGAUGUUCCAGAAUUGUCCAUUAAGAAUAGAAAAUCGAAACAAAGGCAACUAAGCAAGCGUGGUCCGGACCCUGUAGUUAGCAAUGCCUUUCCAAAGCAUACUGUGGAAGAAGCUUUAAGUGAAAGUAAUCAUGCCAAGGAAAACCCUAUGCCAGAGCUGAAUUUUUUGAAGGCAGAUGAUAGGAAAGUUGCCCAUGCCAGAGGCCCCAUUGCUGGAACUGAUAGUGACAAAGAGUGUUUAAGUGAGCAACACCAAGAGAAUACUCAUCUCCAGCAGCAUUCACUGCUCUCUCAAAACUCCAUGAAGAAAAAUAUGUGUUAUGCACAGGCAUCUGCAGCUGCUACCUCCAGUUCAUCUAAGGUGUCUAGCUCCCACAAGAGUAAAGUUGAUUUUCAAGAAACAAGGGCCUCUCCUGUAGAGUCAGUUUCUUCUUCACCCUUGAGAACUUCCGAUAAGAAUCUUGUGGAUCAGCAUAAAAGGUAUCCAAGUGCAGUUGCAGAAAAAGUACUUUCUCAAGAAUCAGGAAAAAGCUGUUUGUCAUUUUCCAAGGAAAAAAAUGAUUUUGGAUCUGGUUCCGAUCAUGCUAAGGCUCAUGGUUCUGGCUGCCUCAGUGGAGAUAUGCAGAAGGAUAAACAAGACAAUGAAUGCUCAAAAAAUGAAGAUUCUGGACUUGGUACAAGGAAUGGUCUGUUGAAUCCAGUGAAGGUACAGAAAGUUAAUUCACACGUCCUUUCAAUACGUGGCAAUGGUGAUGACAAACUGCCACCAUCCCUUCAAAACGGGAAAACACCACCUCAUCUUAGUUCAAACCAAUGUGACCAUGCAAAGUUGACUUCUGGGAAACAUCCAGUACAGGUUAAGCCUGAUAAAGGGGAUGCAGAACAGAAGGAUAUGAAAACAAAUCCAUCAACUGUUAAAGGAAGCAAGCAGCAGCCAGCAUUAAAUGAUUCAUCAAAUGGCGAUCUCUCGUACAAGGCAAAGCAACUAAAGAAGGCUGUUCUCGAAAAUACAAAACAAGCAACUCUUAGUCGUGAUGCUUUGAAUCCAGUAAACACAUCUGUGCUACUGAAGGAGGCUCGGGAUUUGAAGCACUUGUCUAAACGUUUAAAGGAAAAGGGAGAUGACCUUGAGAGUGCUAACAUGUGCUUUGAGGCUGGCCUGAAAUUUCUCCAUGUUGCAUCUCUGUUGGAAGCUCCGAGUAUUGAUAGCUCCAAGCAAGGGGAUUCUAUACAAGCUAUGAGACUAUAUUCCGAAACAGGAAACCUCUGUGGAUUUUGUGCCCGUGAAUUUGAGCGACUUAAGAAAAUGGCAAGUGCUGCUUUGGCCUAUAAAUGUGUGGAAGUGGCAUAUAUGAAGGCUGCCUUCUACAAACAUCCUGGUGCUAUUAAAGACAAACAUGCAUUGCAAGCAACAUCUUUGAUGGUUCCUCCAGGUUUUCCCUCAACUGAGUCACCGUCAUCUUCUGCCUCAGAUGUUGAUAAUCUGAAUAACCAGAGUACAGCUGCUAAGGCUAUUUCAAGAGCUUUGUACUCUCCUAAAAUUGGUGGCAAUUCCAUACCCCGGAACAAUCAUCACUUGAUGGGGUUGCUUGCUUAUGCAGAUGACAUAAAUUAUGCAUUUGACGGAACCAGAAAAUCACAAAGUUCAUUAGCUGCUUAUGUUACUGAUAUUGGAAAGGGUCAGGUUGAUGGUAGUGCUCUUGUUAGGGAAGUCCUUGAAUUCAGUUUUCACAAUGUCAAGGGCCUGCUACAACUGAUUCGCCAUUCAUUGGAAUCCAUCAACCAUGAAAGUGUUAAAUAAUAGAACAAACAUUUUUCCUGUGAAUAGUGAUAUAUGAUGGCAGGUUGCUUCGGCAUUUCUGUUAUAAUGGUACCACCAAAUGGGUGUAAGCGUGAACCGGGAUGAAUCAGUAUAUUAGUGUGAAUGAAGGGAGAAGGGGUCACAUUGCCAUCGUUAUUACCUGGAAAUAUUCUUUUAGGGUGAUCAUUUUGACCUCUGCCAAAUGGGUUUUAAACCAAGAGUUAGCCUGCAGAUGUAAAUUGCUACAUUCCAAGUUCUCAGUUUUGAUGUAUGUUGAGUUACGGAAUUCAAGUUAUUGAAGGCAACCCGACUGUUAACUGUUGUACCGGGAGAAAAUUGCAGUAGGAGCAUGUUAAACCUACAAACUUUUAAAUGAGUGGCCACAGAAGCUUAGGUGAGGGCUCAGGAGAGCGGUCUAAUUCCCCCUUCUGCAAUUGGUCUAUUUAUGAAGGUUCCAACA